AUGACUGCUAAUUUUUCAGACGAGGACCACCUUCCUGGUACCGAGUAUAUCUAUGCUGACCCAGAGAAUAAUAUCAUCUGUCCAGAUGGAUCUCGUCCAAAAACCAAUAAGGAUAACAAGAUUCUGCUUCCCCAACCUACUGAAUCACCUAAUGAUCCAUUAAAUUGGGGAUUGCUCAGAAAAUGUUGGCAUAUGAUUCUCGUUUGUCUAGUGACUGGUUUUACCGCUGCUACAUCAAACGAUGCCGGUGCCACUCAAACUGAUUUAAAUGCAAACUUGGGCAUAAGUUGGAACUCGUUCAACACUGGUGCCGGUGUUUUGUUCAUUGGAAUUGGUUGGUUCACUCUUAUCCUUUCACCUACAUCCUUUUUGUAUGGUCGUCGUAUUGGAUAUUUAAUUUGCAUUUUGGUUGGUCUUGCUGGUGCAGCUUGGUUCGCCAAUAUCCGGUCCACUAGUGAUGCCAUUUGGAGUCAGCUGUUUGUUGGUGCUUCUGAAUCUGUUGCAGAGGCUCAAGUGCAAUUGUCUUUGGUCGACAUUUUCUACCAGCAUCAGUUACCAGGUGCAUUGGCUUUGUAUAUCGUUUCCACCUCUAUUGGUACGUACCUUGGUCCUCUAAUUGCAGGUUAUAUUUCCGAUAACCUCGGCUGGGAGUGGGUUGGAUACUCUGCUGUUAUUAUUUCAGGCUUUAUUUUGAUUGUGCUGUUUUUCGGUUUGGAAGAGACUUAUUUCGAUAGAAACAAGUACCAGACCACUCAUUUUAAUGCUGGAAAUGUUUCCAAGUCUGAUUCUAUAGAUGAACAGGUCAAGAAUGAGUCAAGACUGGCUUCAGGUGAUAGUGUCAUGGAAAGCAAGAAUGCUUUCAAUUCUAGUACUGACAGCACUGACGGAGCUUCUGAACACGUUGUUCCUGUCAAUGUGCAUCCAGUUUCAACCGGUGCUGACGAAAAGCCUAAGACUUAUUGGCAGAGAAUUGCUCUCAUCACCCCUGCUGAUAAUCUCAAGGGUGUUGGUUUCAAGCAGUAUUUCCAAAGAAUGUGGUUGACUCUUCGUGUAUUUACAUUCCCUCCUGUUAUUUAUUCUGGUCUUAUUUGGGGUUUCCAAGAUGCUUGGUUGACCUUUUACAUCACAACUGAAGAUGAUGACUGGUCGUCCCCUCCUUAUAACUAUGGUGAUGCUGGUGUGGCUAUUAUGAACGUUCCUACCCUUAUCGGUGCUCUCUUUGGAUGUUUCUAUGCUGGUGUUUUGUCUGACUAUUUCGUUGAAUGGAUGGCUAGACGUAAUCAUGGUGUUAAGGAGGCUGAGCAUCGUUUGUGGCUCAUGUUUUUGGUGGCUAUCUUGAAUCCUCUUGGUUUGUUUAUCUUUGGUAUUGGAACUGCCCGUGAAUGGUCUUGGCCUGUAGUCUAUAUUCUAGGUCUUUUCCCUAUUGGUUUUGCAUGGGGUAGUUGUGGUGACUUGUCCAUGUCAUAUCUUGCUGAAGCCUAUCCAGAGAUGGUUUUGGAAGGUAUGGUUGGCGUGUCUGUUGUCAACAAUACCAUUGGUAUGAUUUUCUCAUUUUGCUGUAACCUUUGGCUUAAUAUUGGUGACUUCAGGGGUUACAUUGCUGUUGGUGUAGUUGAUUUUGCUGUUCUCAUGUUGACAGCUCCAAUGAUUAUUUAUGGAAAGCGCUGUCGUCAAUUCACCAAAGGGAUGUACUACAGAUUUAUUGAAGAGCGUGAUGCUCUGAAAUAG